GUUGGUUGGUUCGCUUCACUCCAUUACAGAUUUGCGGGCAUCAUGUUCCGAGCUAACAUUCUCAUGAUGCUGGUUCGUCUCAAAGGGGUUUUCCUAGAUCUCAGCGCGUUCUCUUGCGCGUAUUUUUAACUUCAAUUUCCAUCUGGAUUUCCGCGGCGGAAGCAGCCAUCUUUACUCCUCAUCGGGCCAUCUCCGCUGCCUUCUAGUGCAUGCUGAAAUUUGCCUCUGGAAAACGAAAAAAAAACAAUAAAUACGUUCGAGCAUCGUCGGGACCGCCAGAUCUGCACUCGGACCGUGGAAGGACCGGCAAGCUCCAACCCACAAUUUAUCGGCUUCCUCCGAUUUCUGCAAAAAGUGGACGGGAGACAACGGAAGCAGGAGCGCGUAUGGACAAGCCGCCGUUCUUGAAGCAGGAGUUUCUGCUGCUUCUACUGGUUGAGCCGCCGCCUUAACUGGCCGCCUUAGCUGGCCGCUGCUGCUGCUGCUGCUUGUGCUGCCGCUACAUCUGUUUAAAUCUAGCUGCAGAUCUGAGGAUCUUUGCCACGUCAGAGUCGUGAGAGGUAGUACAGCGCAUCACAGCAGCAACCUUCCGCUUGUUUCAUACAGGGGGGUAACCGCCAGUUAAAACGAGUGUUGUUCAGUGGCGCGGCAGUGUGAGCAUCUGCCGGUACUACCAUCAUGAGGCCGCAACGCGGAGGUCCAGCUUGAGGAGUCUAUUUUUGAGGCGCCUCAAAAAUAGACUCCUCAUCAUGUGGCCGCAACGCGGCGGUCCAGCUUCCGCCGCUGGCAUCAGCGAAUUGCAAGCUCAAGGUGACGCGGCCACUAGUACUAGAGAGCAUUUUCCCCAUGAGAGCACCGCCAGGUCAGCUCAGAGGCAGUGGCAUUGGCGAAGUCAAACUCAGACUCUGACUAGUAAUGUUACUGGCCCGGAUUUCACCACUUCUAGUAGUAUUCCUACUCCUAGUACUAGCCAACCGCCCUCUGUUGGCGCUUCGCUCUACCCUAGAUUUGGCUAUUUCAGCCCGCCCAAUGUCAGUAGUACCACGGUGAGUGGGAGCUCAGUCAACCCACUGGCUACUGCUCUUCCAGGAGGUGGUAUCCCGCCCUUCUCUGCCAUUGGCUCGCUGGCUCCGCAUCAGCUCGCAGCGUUUGUCGCCUACUAUGCUGCCAUAGCUCCGUAUUUCUCUGCACCGCCUCCUGCUCUUCCCCAUCCCCUGCUGGACCCCUUUACAGUCCGCUCCGAUACAUUCAUAGCUCCGUCGAGUUAUCCUCACCAGACUAGCACCCUUAUGGCUUCACACUCCAUCUCAGCCGUCCGCCAGCAACGGCAAGAUCAAGGCUGGUUACCACCGUCGCUGAUGGCGUCGUUACAGUCGGUUGGCAUGCCUCGAGGCAUAUCUCCUCCCUCUGUUCCCAAUAUCCGGGCCGGCAACAUGGCUGAGAUGUCCGGCGCUUUCUUUGGGGAUCCUACUUGUAGUACCACAACUAGGGAGGACGCUACUAACGCAGCAGCAGCAGGAGCGGCAGCAGGAGCAGGAGCAGGAGCAGGAGUAAGGGCAGGAGCAGGAGCAGGGGUAGGGGCAGAAGCAUCCUCUGCAUUUGCAGCGAUGGUGUACGCUGGAGCAGCAGCUAUGGCGGAAGCAAAUGAAGGAAGAUCAGGGGCACCAGGGGCAGCAGGGGCAGCAGGGACAGCAGGGGCAGCAGGGGCAGCAGGGGCAGCAGGGGCAGCAGGGGCAGCAGGGGCAGCAGGGGCAGCAGGGGCAGCAGGGGCAGCAGGGGCAGCAGGGGCAGCAGGGGCAGCAGGGGCAGCAGGGGCAGCAGGGGCAGCAGGGGCAGCAGGGGCAGCAGGGGCAGCAGGGGCAGCAGGGACAGCAGGGGCAGCAGAGGGCAGCAGUUUCCGGAAUGCCGCUGCAGCAGACACAGGGGCUUUGGGGGCGAUGUCAGCAGGCAUGGGGGCAGACGCUGCUGGAGCCAGAUUCUCUUUGAGGCAUGGGAAUGAGCAAACGGCCUCUCACCCCUCGCACGCGGUUCCAGCAGCCCCUGAUUCCGCCGCCACCGCCACCACCACCACCACUACCACUACCAUCAUUACUAGCAGUGCCAGUGCUGCUGCUGCUGCUGCUGUUACUGCUGCUGCUAGUGGUUCUCCUGCUACCGCAUCGACCGUUGCUACCGAUGCUACAGUUGCUGGUGCAGCUCCGGGUACUGCAGCCAGUGUUGGCCCCACCGUGGCAGCGUCCCCACCGCGGCUGAGCGCACCGGACGACGGGUACCACUGGCACAAGUACGGGCAGAAGUGCCUCAUGGAGAGGGAAUACGCGAGGGCGUAUUUCCGGUGCGCAAAGUACACUAUCGGGUGCACGGCGAAGAAGACGAUCGACAUCCCCCUGGUGCGAGCAGCCAUUGCUGGGGGUCUGCGGAUUGUAUAUUCCGGAAAGCACUGCCACCCGCCCGCCCGUAACAUCCCCUUCCCUCCGGCUGCUGUGCCUGGCUCUGCCACCAUCACUGUUGCUGCUUCCGCCACUGUUUCCGCUGCUAGUGACUUCGCGUCCGAAAACGUUGCCGCUGCUUCUGGUGCACUUGCUGCUGCUGCUGCGGCUAGCCCUGGCGCUGGUGGUUUGGUAGCAGCUGAGCACAUGCGUGGUGGUGUGGGCGUUACUGAUGGCGCUGAUGCUGCUGCUGAUGUAGACAGGAUGGGGAAGGGGUGCAUGGGACGGGUUGAGAUAAGAGACGGAGUGGGAGGAGGAGGAGGUACUAAAGUAAGAGAGGGAGGAGGGAAAAGGGGAGAGAGAGGAGGUGAAUAUGGGGAGGGGACAGAGUGGGUGCUUGAGGAAAGGAAAGGGGUGGAAGAGGGGAGGGGAGGAGAGGGAGGGGAGGGAAGGAGAGAGGAGGGAGGGGAGGGAAGGAGAGGAGGGGAAGGGAGUGGAGAGAGAGUGGAGGGCGAGGGAAGGGGUGGGCGAGGAAAUGCGAUGAGGGGUGAGACGAUGUUUGAGUCGACUCAAAAAUCGACUCACUACACAAGGUGUGGGCGAGGAGUUGCGACGAAUGGUGAGACGAUGGAGAGGGGGGGAGGUGGGAGGAGUGAGAGUAGUGGGGGCGGUGCAGAAAGGGACAGCAGCUUUGACAGGAGUGAGAGUGGUGGGGGGUGUGGGACCAGUGGGGGGUGUGGGAGUGGUGGGAGUGGUGGGAGUGGUGGGAGGAGGGGGAGGGCAGACGUCGUUGAGAGUGGAAGGAGGGAUGAUAAGGUGAGUGGCGGUGCUGCUGUUGCUAGGGAUGAUAAGGUGAGUGGUGGUGCUGCUGUUGCUAGGGAUGAAAAGGCGCCAGCAGGUAGAGACCUGGGGGAGGGUAGAGCAGCCAAACGGCUGAGAGGAAUAGAGGGAGAUGGAGGAACAAGAGGAGGCAGAAGAGAGGUGAAGGAAGAGGGGGACAAUGAUGGUGGGGAUGUGGUGACAUGGGGAGGAGUAGGGCGCGAGGCAGAGAGGGGAGGAAAGGUCCAGUCGGGUCUUCCGUGGUCUCAGCUGCCGCUGUUCUCCUUUCUUCCUGCCACAGGACUGCCCACCCAGGCACAAGUGCUGGCAGAGCAGCAGCAGCAGCAGCAGCAGCAAGAGAAACAGCAGCAGCAGCAACAACAAUCACAGCAACAGCAGCAGCUGUUGAUGCAAGAGGCACUGCUACAGGACCCCUCGUUUGUGUCACACGUACUCUCGGUGGUGAGGCGAGAGGUGGCUGCUGCAGCAGCGGCAGCUGCAUCAGGUGCUUCAGGUGCUUCAGGUGCUUCGGGUGCAUCCGGUGCUUCGGGUGCUUCAGGUGCCUCAGGUGCUUCAGGUGCUUCGGGUGCUUCAGGUGCCUCAGGUGCUUCAGGUGUUUCAGGUGUUUCUGGUGCAUGGGUGCGGUCUACAGGCAACCGAGCUCUUACGUCCACAUCACCAGCAGAGGGCCCAACCAAAGCAUUGCCAGCACCACCACUACCACCAGCAGCGGUGGCACCACCAGCAGCACCAGCAUCAGCAGCAAUGGCACCAGCAGCAGAAGCAGUAGCACCAGCAGCACCAGCAGCGCCACCAGCACCAGCAGCACCAGCAGCACCAGCAGCACCAGCAGCGCCACCAGCAGUAGGUGCAGCAGCAGCAGUGGCAGCAGCCAUGGCUAUACCACCACCGCCACCAGCACCACCACCAACACCACCACCACCACUACCAGCAGCAGCAGCAGCAGCAGCAGCAGCAGCAGCAGCAGCAGCAGCAGCACCACCACCACCACCACCACCAGCAGCAGCAGCAGCAGCAGCAGCAGCAGCAGCAGCAGCGGCAGCACCACCAGCAAUCACGCCUGUGUCAGGCCUACCAUCUGUGGCAGCCCAGCCGUUCCUCUCGCCUUUCAACCCUGGAGCACCCCCGCUCAUACCACCCCAACCUCCCAUGCUGCCUCCUCCCAUGCAUCCCGCGGCGUCCAUGCACCUCCAGGCACUUAUGCAACCCCAGGCACCCAUGCAGCCCCCCCAACCCCCCGUACAGUCUCCCAUUCACCCCUCCCCUCUUUCCGCCCUUAACUCGCUCUCUGGGCCUUUCCAGCAGCCUUUCCAGCAGCCUUUCCAACAGCUGCUCCCUCACUCCCUCCUUCCUUAUCCUCUGCAGCCCCCCACAAUGCUCCCGUUUCCCACCUCUACACUCCCGUUUCCCUCGUCUGCUCUCCCGUUUCCCCCCUCUACACUCCCGUUUCCCCCCUCCUUCAUGCACGCCCUGCAGAUGUAUCUCUCGCAGCAAGCACCCAGCCCCUCUCCUCAGAACGAACUCUUUGCCGCCCAGUCUCUGCUGCUUGCUCAGCAGCAGCAGCAGCAACAGCAACAGCAGCAGCAGCAGCAGCAGCAACAGCAGCAACAGCAGCAGCAGCAGCAGCAACAGCAGCAACAGCAGCAGCAGCAGCAGCAGCAGCAGCAGCAGCAGCAACAACAGCAACAACAGCAGCAACAGCUGCAAAUACAACGGCAGCAGCAAGCGCCACCAAUGCAAACACCGCAGAUCCAAAUGCUGCAGCACCAGCACCAGCACCAGCACCAGCAGCAGCAGCAGCAGCAGCAGCAUGUGGUUAGAGCUGGUGUUAACUCAGCUUUUGCGCAGGAUUGGCAAAUGCAGGCUAAUGUGGGUAACCACAGUGGUGGUUUGGAUGCUUCUGCUUGGUUUGCGGGUGCGGGUAUUGCCUCUCGUGUGGCACUCGGUAGUUUCUCUCAACCUGGGGGUGAGCCCCAUCAAGAGGAGCCAGAUCAAGGGGAGCCCCAUCGAGGGGAGAACCAUCGAGGGGAGCGCCAUAGAGGGGAGAACCAUCGAGGUAGGCCCUUCAUUGUUGGAAACGAGGAAGAGGAGAAUGUGCUUGAGCAACUGGUGGUUGAAGCAACACCUGGAGCUGAUAGUGAUAGGGAAGUAGCGCUCGGAGCACAUGACGAUGGACUGGAUCUACAUCUCAAUCUUUAGUUUUGAGACAGCGUUGUUUUAGAUGUAAGGGAAGCAAGGUAUGAGGUAGGAUGCACUACGGUAUUUUGCUUGUGCGGUGUAUGAAGUAUAUAUAUGUUCAACGAUUUGUUUUGCAUUUGCUGUAUUGAAAAUAUUUAUGCGGACCUG